UGCAUUCUUCCACUCGCCUUCACGUUGCCCGCCUCCCGCGGCUCUGCCCAUGCUCAUCCGCCACCUGAGCCCCGGUGCGCCGCUAUGGAACAGCUCAGGCUACGUGUGUCGCGCUUGCCGGCAUCAAUUGCUGGCCAGUCGCACUCAAUCCCGCCGCUGGGAGAGCACUCUCUUCUCGACCCAACACAACCCAGACGACGCGGCUGACCAUUUUAAUAACCUCGUUGGCACCAGUCCCCUCGCACAGCUUGCGGUUGUCGAGAAGGCUUCAUCCAACCUCAAUGGCUCCCCAUCAGAUGCGGCCAAGGACAAGAGCAAUGGCGGAGGCGAAGGGGAAAGCACAACGGCUACGACAUCUGCACCAUCUAAGAUGAGUCCGUCUGCGAAGCGGAGAGCGCGACGUCAGAAAGCCUGGGCCAAGAGAUUGCAAGAAAGAACAGCAGGCACUCCACCCACGGUGUCUAAUACUUCUCAGCCUGCUUCGGCCGCGUCUUCGGCCCAUCCUCAGGACGGAAGUACAGCCAGUGUUCUUUCAGAUGUCCUCAGCUCCCUCUCGAAAGAUGUGGACGAUAGGUUGAAUGUAUGGAUGAAUCAACGGAAGGAUCAAUCGCCGACAGUUCCUCCUGCGCCGCCUGCUGCGCCAGGAGAGAACCAAGAAACUUCCACCAUCCAUAGGGUUCGUUCAAGGCUGCGGGUGCGCAAGUUGCACCAGGACCGUGUUUCAGUCAUUCGCAAACUUGUCUCUCCCCUUCGAUAUACAGGCACUCGUGCUUCUGGGGUCAUCUCGAGAAGAAGACGAAGAACACCAGUGUUUGAGGUUGGGAGGGCAAGACGUGGGAGUCGCUUGCGCGCAGCGGCAUCACCAGUUCCAACCACGCCAUCUGUAGCGGCACCCCAAUCUGCGCAAGCCGCACCCCCCAUCGACAAUGAGCCGAACGACAGGGGUGCUGAGGAACACAAGCCUUUAUCGGAAUCCACGAAUCAAGAAACUGCUCCACCGCUCAAGAUCACCAGGCAAGCGAAGUCCUCGAAACGAGUGAAAAGGGCCGCGUCGGCUUCGCCAGCCAAAUCACCUGAGCAGGCGGCAACAUCUAAACAGAACAAGUCUGCUCCGAUAAGCAAGCCUAGUAAUGGCGAUGCCGAGGAGCAUAAGCCUCUGUGGGAAGUCAUGAGCCAAGCGGGAAUUUUGUCCGACAAAACCACCAGUAAAGCAACAUCAUCGGCGAAAGCCAAGCGGGCUACACAGGCAUCUCCAUCCGACUCAACACCAUCCGGACCUUCGCCUUCCACCAACGUCAUCACCUUACAGCCUUCUGCGCUAAAUAUAAAACCUCUGGACAUCCCACAACCCGCAGUGCCUGGUCUGGCAUACGGUCUUGACCGGGUUCUUUUCAACCCAGGAGUCUACCAGCUGCAAGAUCCUCUCUCUCGCGUUUUCAACUUCGAUCCGUACCUGCAGAAUAUCAUGCCGCCCGCCGAGUUUGACUUCAACGCUCUCAAGCAAUAUAAGACCUCUUCGCAGGAUUCCAUGCUUUCCACUCUGGCGCAAGAGCACGGGAAACGUUACAUUGGCUCUACGUCCAGCAUGACAAGUACACUCGCUCAUUUCCAUUUCUUGCUAUCCGAUUGGCGACCGGUCAACGUCAACAUGAUGUCGCAACUCUUCGCCGGGAAGUCGGACACCUUCACGCAGAUCAAUCGUGCUCCCAACGCCAUUUUCUUGCGCUGGAAGGAUGGCACCUACGCGAUCGACGCGGAUAAGGAAUUUGAUUCGGGGAACGUCUUGAUGUUGCUCGGCAAGUCUAUGGAGAAGCUUCUCACAAUGCCCAAGUCGGAGUACGAGCGUUAUCGCAAGAGUGAUCCCCGUGAGGUGACGGAAGAAGAACGCACUGCGCCGGAACCCUUCCAGUAUACCACCAUGGGAGACUUCUUGAUGCGCUCUCAGCUUGACGCUCACGACCCUCGUCUCCCCGGAACGGGAACAUUUGAUUUGAAGACAAGAGCUGUCCUCUCGGUGCGCAUGGACGCGGAGAACUUCGAACCCAUGACCGGCUACGAGAUCCACACCCUUCAAGGCCGCUUUGGCAGCUACGAGCGCGAGUAUCACGAUAUGAUUCGCGCGACGAUGCUCAAAUACAUGCUGCAAGUGCGCAUGGGACGCAUGGAUGGUAUUUUCGUGGCAUACCACAAUGUUGAGAGGAUUUUUGGCUUCCAAUACAUCCCGCUUCAGGACAUGGAUCGCGCUCUCCACGGUCAAUUCGACCCUUGUCUUGGCGAUCAGGAAUUCAAGACGUCUCUGGCGCUGUUGAAUGAGGUCCUCGAUAAAGCGACGGCCAGAUUCCCCGAGCAGUCUUUGAGAUUUCAUUUUGAGACUACUAACCAGUCGGUUGGCUCUACUCCAACGACGGUUAUGUGGGUGUUUGGGGAGGCUAUGGAAGAGGAGCAGAUUGAAGAGAUCCAGGCUACAUCCAAGGCUAGGGUUGCGAAGUUUGAGCGCACGAUGAUGGGCAUGGAGAAGGAAUCCGAGACUCCGACCAGCACGUCUCACGCCGAGAAGCACGACAAGGCCGCCGACUCUUCAGCAGCAGCCACGGAAGAGGACCAGAGCGCGCAAGCCGAAACUGCUCCAGCACCUGGCCCUGCAAGUGAUACCAACUCCAGCCAAUCCGACGCGGACGUCGACUUUCUCGACUCCAUCGCCUCCUCCCCCACCCUCGACUCCCCCGCCCGCAAACCGCUCUUCGCCGCCUCCAUCAUCUGCAAGACAAAGGUCAACGGCGUCGCCGCCUCCCGCCCCGAGCACCUCAAACCCACCGACAAGUGGGAAGUGGAGUACGUGCUACGCGAAUGGCCCGAGUCGGAGGCGAUGUGGGCGCGCUACGAAGCGAUGAAGGAGCGCAGGAGGGACAUUUUCGAGCGAGUGCGGGACGAGGAGGCGGACGAGGCUGCCCAGGCUGGCGGUAAUGGACAUGGGCAAGAGGUUCCAGCGAAGCAGAGGAGGGAUCGGCACUUUAUCGAGUUUUUGCGCUCUAUGAGCCGCACUGGCAGGGAGUUUAGGCAGAAGAUGGACAAGGCUGACGCCGGAAGGAAGCGGGUUGUUUUUGGGUGGGAAGAGGAGGAGGGAACGUAGCGUGGAUGCUGAGUUUGCUCAUUUUGCAUAGCGACGGCGAACGGGCACAUCAUCGGGCAAGGACUGUCUGUAGCAUAGACAGCCACCAAGGCCGACGAUUAUUAACAUGGAAUGGCUUUCUCCCGACUCUCCACCGACGGAGGAAUUCACGUAUUCAUCGAAAAUCCAGGGUCCAGCGGGCUGACAAACCCCAUAUCUCCG